CACUUUACUCUCCAAUCCCAUCACCUUUGCAGAUCAGGAAGUGAGAUGCAGUGUGGUCUGGGGCUUUUUUUGCUGUUGGCCUUCUGAGCCCUAAUGAUACUUAGCGGCAGCUCAUCUCAUUCUGAGACAAAUGAGCUGCCACUUCCUGUGUUAAGGUAAGUACUAUGAAGAACAUGAGAGUUUAGGCACUCACUUUUGACUCAAAACUCCAAUGUUGUCAGCUGCCUAUUAUACAAAGCCUAGCUUUCUGCAGCCACAGGCAGGAUUUGAACUCAGUAACCUACUCACGACGUUGCCCAAAUGGCCAGUGUCAACGGAGCAACAUUGCCAUGACUUGCAACACUAGAAGACGAAGAAGAUCAUGAUGCAAUCAGUCAUCAAGACCAGUGCUUCAAGAUUGCUCUACCUUCUGUCAUUUUUGCUGGCCUCAGUAAUUGACCAGGGCUCCUCAAGUCUACUUUGCUUAUACAACUCAGUGGAGGAUCUGGCAUGCAAUUGGACUCCUCUGAAAAAUGUCACAGAUGCGCCAUGCAAUAUCACCGCUUUUGUCAACUAUAGAGACUCAACUAAAAAAGAAACAUUGCAACUGCAUGGGGCAGGGACAAAGAGCAAUCGUCUAAUCCUCAAAGGUUUCAACUUGACCCCUGCAGAUUAUAUUGUCUUGGAUGUAUCCUGCCUUAAUGGAAAGAAAUGGAAGAAUGUUGAGAAUCUGACAAUGCAACCCUUUAUGAACAUUCAACUCGACCCUCCUUUGAAUGUCCAGGUGGAAAACAUCAGCAAGCAUUCUUGUAUUUUAACUUGGAAGCCCAACAUUCUCUCUCAUUACUUAACAAACAAACUAAAAUAUGAAGUCAAGUACAAAAUUUACAAUUCUGGUGAGGAUGGCAGAAUCCUUUCAAUCAGUCAAGAUCAGAAAUUGGUAAAAAUUGAGAAUCUUUCUCCUGACACAGUGUACGAGGCAGCUAUUCGUGCAAAAGUUCGAAAAUAUGAUAUUUACGAGAGUAUUUGGAGCCCCUGGAGCAUAUCAACAACAUGGAAGACCAAACCUACAGAAUCUCCAAACAUUCUCCUUCCAGUUCUUCUUGUUGGAAGUCUAGUCAUUGUCUGCAUCAGCAUUACCGUGUUGGUCAAAUCUACACUGUUAAAAUGGUUGAAGAAGACAUUGAAGAUCCAGUUACCAAAUCCAAAUGAAUUCUUCCCAUCUCUCAAUGCUGUCCAUGGAGGAGACAUCCAGAAGUGGUUGUCCCCUGCAACAUCCAUGGCUGCUUUCCACAUUGCUACUGCACAUCCAGAGGUCUCUGUGCUUGAGAUAAUGCAAAAGGGAAGCCAAGAGUCUUCUCCCCUCACUCGCAAGGAAUACAGCACAAAUGUAAACACACCAGAGACCAGUGGUUAUUCUUCAUCCAGCUGUUUUUCCAAUGGUGGCUAUUUCUUCUUCCAACAUGUCAACUCCUUUGAAAUUCAGCCCUGCAAGGUGUACUUCACCUAUGACCCCCUUGCUCAAGGAGGCAGUAGCAGUGAGGAUGUUGACUCCUGCUCCUAUAAAGUGCUCCAUGAAACUGUUGACAACAGCCAGCUGUCACCUGCCUACAAUAUUAUGGCAACCCAUGAGAACAAAUCUUUCCUACAAGAAGCAAAAAGCUCAACCCAGAAAGGUGAGGGUGGAUCAGGAGAUUUUUCAUCAUUGGAGACCAUCUCCACAGAAUCAAGUGUAGAAGAGGAUAGUAACCAAAAUGCUAUUCCGCUCCCCAAGAGUCUAGGACAAUUUUCCAUGGUUUCUUCAAGUCUCCCAGAAAAAAUUGAUAGAUGUAAUAAUGGCACUGAAGUGGUCCAAAAUGUGGACCUUCCCACCAGCUCUAUUGAAGAUGAUAGUUCUGCCUUUCUCCAGUCCAUUAUUCAGAAUCAAAGCCAAGCCAAUGUACCCGGCAAAGCAGCAUCCCACAGACAAUUCUCCACAACCUCAGAAAGCUAUCUGUCCUUGCGGGAUCUUCAGAGCCAUUAUAGCCAUCACUCUGUUUGAAUUUUUCAAAGAGGCAGACAAAUUCUAUCUGUUCCCCAAUGCCUGAUUUCCACAGCUAUAGGUGUAAUCUUCCUUCCCUUGCUGUUAUGUGGGCAUAAUGCACCAACAGAAUUAUAGCCCCAGUGCAGUGAAUUUCAGUCAUGUAAAGCACAUCUUCAAAUGUACAGAUAAGUAAGAGACAGAAACAGAGCACAAUAUGUUGGAAGAGAAAAAUAAUAGCUUAGUUGCCAAAAGCGAUCAUUGCCUUUUCUUUUUUUUUGUAAGCUGCUUUAACUUAGUUGAUGAAGGAAAGAAAGUAUGGAUUUUUAAAAUAAACACAAGAGGAGUCCAGGUAGA